AUGAGGAUUAUCAGCUUGUUUUUAUGGACUGUGCUUGUCUGGGUCACUUUCUCAUCCAUACUCGAUCCUGCUACACCGAUUCUCCAAUACUCGGUGGAUGAACUUCUCCAGCUGCGACCCCACCUGUCCGACCCACCCCCGGUGUUACAUCUUCACCUGGAUCUGGCUCAUCAUUAUCGUCGGAAAUAUAUCCACCAUGGCUCCGGACAGAGAUUCAACAUUGCUGACACAAAGCCAACAAGAUCCUUCUGGCCAUCGUCACCUCAUCCCCCGAGAAAGCACCACCGUGCUGUUGACCACAAUGUGCUAACUAACCUAGCCAGGUCGGCUAGCACUGAUCUCGGCAACACCAGCGUCUCAGUCGGGCUGAUCAACAUCCAUUCACUCACCAACAAGGGUCCCCUGAUCUACGAUGUUUUACAGGACAACAAAUUCGACUUCUUGUGCCUGACUGAAACCUGGCAGCAUCAGAAUGACUACACACAGCUCAAGAAGGCUGUCCCACCUGGGUUUGUUUACACCUGUCAAUCACUCGCCGCAGGCCGAGGGGGCGGUGUCGCAAUGCUCUACAAUGACAAAUGGAGAGUGCCGCCUGUCACUGUCUCUGCCCACAACUCAUUCAAAUCCAUAAUCCUACAUAUCAGUGGACCCAUCCCUACUGUUUUAGCCAAUAUCUAUCGCCCACCCAAGCCCAAUAAUAAUUUUUUUAAUGAUUUUUCUUCCUUUUUGACUUCCAUUUGCUCCAUGUCCCCUAAUGUCAUAAUACUGGGUGAUCUUAAUAUUCACAUGGACAAUAUCAGUAACACUCUUACAAGGGACUUUUCUUCAACACUAGACAGUUUUGGAUUACAGCAGCAUAUUGACUUUCCCACACACAACAAAGGACACAUCCUGGACCUCAUCUGCUGCUCUGGUUUAACCCCUUUUAACUGUACUGUAUCUGAUCUUCCCAUCUCUGAUCGUAAGCUAAUUUAUUUUAAUGUCAACUUACCACCACCCAAAACAAAUCAGUAUCGCUCCAUCUCGUUUCGUAACAUCAAGAAUAUUGAUCUACCUGCUCUCUCUGUUGGAAUUAACAAUCUCCUCGAUAUAGAUAAAUUAGUCAACACUGAUGAUCUGGUUUCGCAUUACAAUGAUGGACUUCACAAUCUCCUGGACGCUCUCGCUCCUCUGAAAACCCAGACUGUUUAUUUUACUCACUUUGCCCUCUGGUACACGUCUGCUCUACGCCAGCCAAAAAUAAAAGGACGUCACCUGGAACGUCUCUACAGAAAAACUGGAUUUGGUGUUCACGAAGACAUGUAUGACAACCACAUACUGCACUAUAAGGAUGCCCUCUCCACAGCUAAAUCCAUAUACUAUGCUAAUUUAAUUUCAUCUGGCGAAGGGAACACUCCAGCCCUGUUUUCCACAAUCAACAUGAUCUCAGGACCACUUAUACUCUUCCACCCCACUUGUACUCAACUUUUCAAUUGCACACCAUCCACCUUCUUCUGUCCCCCCUUUACUUUAUUAUCUAGUUUUCAACUCCCAACUGUUACUGAAAUAUCUGAUCUCAUCCGAAAAUCCAAAUCAUCCACCUGCCAGUUCAACCCCCUCCCCACCCACUUAGUCAAAACCUGUCUACCUUCCCUCUCCUCUUUCAAAGCUAACAUCAUCCACUCCUCCCUUAUUUCUGCUCAUGUUCCUUCCUCUCAUAAAACUGCUGCAGUAACUCCAGUACUUAAGAAACCCGGUGCAAAUCCCAACAAUCUAAAUAAUUUCCGACCAAUCUCCAAUUUGCCAUUUAUCUCUAAAAUACUAGAAAAAACAGUUGCUGCACAGGUUCACAAUCAUCUCAUCAGCAAUAACCUCUAUGAAAAAUUUCAAUCUGGUUUUCGCCCUCUCCAUAGCACAGAAACAAACGACCUGCUGAUGGCUGCCGGCUCUGGUUUUCUCACCAUACUCAUCCUCCUUGAUUUAGCUGCUGGCUUCGACACCAUCUCUCACAACAUCAUCCUCAACCAUCUAGCCUCCAUUGGUAUCAUCAACACAUCACUCACCUGGUUCACGUCAUACCUCUCUGGCCGCACUCAGUUUGUACAACUUAAAUAUGUCCAAUCACAACCCUCCUCACUCACCAGUGGUCUUCCCCAGGGCUCAGUCCGAGGGCCCCUCCUUUUUAUAAUUUAUUUACAUCCCCUUGGUUUUAUUUUCAGGAAAUACAACAUUCAAUUUCACUGCUACACGGAUGACACCCAACUCUACCUGUCCACCAAACCCACAUCCAUUCUUCCCCCCUCUUCCCUGUCUGACUGCUUAGUGGAAAUUAAAUCCUGGUUUGCUCAAAACUUCCUCAAAUUCAACAGUGACAAAACUGAAAUUCUUCUUGUUGGCUCCAAAUCCACCCAAUCUAAAUGUCCCAAUUUCUCACUCACUAUUGACAAUUCCAUAGUCCCUCCUUCCCCUCAGGUCAAAAGUCUGGGUGUCAUCCUUGAUAGCACACUUUCUUUUGAAAAACACAUCAAUAGUCUCACUCGGUCUGCUUACUUUCAUCUACGCACUAUCCACCAUCUUUGUCCAUCAGGCAUGAUCGACUCCCAGCUGCCUAAAGAACAGGCUGGCUUCCGAAGCGGUAGGUCAAUGGCGGACCAGGUGACCCUCCUGUGCCAUGACAUAGAGAACAGCUUCCAGGCAGGGGAGAAGGCAGGCGCUGUCUUCUUGGACCUCACAGCUGCAUAUGAUACUGUCUGGCUGCGUGGACUACACAUGAAGCUUCUGGAAACCAUCCCAGACAAGCACAUGGUGAGCUUCAUCAUGGAGAUGCUGAGCAACCGCAGCUUCAGGCUACACACCAGCAACGGGCAAUGCAGCAGGGUGAGGAAACGUAAGAACGGCGUCCCACAGGGCUCAGUGCUGGCACCAAUGCUGUUCAACAUCUACACCCAUGACCUGCCUGCAACCCAGUCAAAGAAGUAUGGCUAUGCUGAUGACCUGGCUAUCCUACUCAGUAAACCAUCCUGGGAAGCAGCAGAAGAGGGCCUCUCUGAAGACAUGAACAUCCUGUCUUCACACUUGAGGAACUGGCGCCUUAAGCUCAGCAUGGGUAAGACAAUAAUUUCAAUGUUCCACCUCAACAACAGGGAAGCUACCCGCGAGAUGAACGUCAUGGUGGAUAAUGUCUGGUUACGGUCCCAGCCUGUCCCCACGUACCUCAGCGUGAAGCUCGACAGAACGUUGUCAUUCAAACAACACCUGGAAGGUGCCAAGCCAAAGACAAGUGCCCGUGCCGCACUGAUUCGCCACCUAGCCGGCACCACAUGGGGAGCCACGACGAAGACAAUGCGCAUGGCCACAGUGGCCCUGCCAAAUUGGGUUGAACUAGACUUGGGCAUAUUUUUAGCCUUCUCUUCAUCAACAGUUCUGCAGGUGAGUAACCUGUUUUUGUGUAUGGUGGUUCUGUACUUCAGCAAGAAACUAGCUUAG